AUGGAGGGAGAGUUGGAGAGAGAGGGGGAUGGAGGGAGGGAGGGAGAGUUGGAGAGAGAGGGGGAUGGAUGGAGGGAGGGAGAGUUGGAGAGAGAGGGGGAUGAGGGAGGGAGAGUUGGAGAGAGGGGGAUGGAGGGAGGGAGAGUUGGAGAGAGAGAGCAACAGAGGUGAUUAAGGGUUGGGUAAAUGGCUGGUGUUGGAUGGUACCAUUAAACACAUUGAAGCAAGCAACCACAAGACAGUAGAGGGCUGAACAGCCACAACAACGUGUAAUAGGAGGACACAGCCACUAGAUGGCCACAGUGUACAUACACCCUCUUACACAGAUGCAUGUAAACACCACUGAGUAAAAGGCAUGGUCAAACCGACAUCUGCAUUGGCCGUGCAGCGUUUAGGGUGAUACGGCCUCUGCAGAAGUCAGCGCAUUCAUACUUCUUGUGCUUUGCGGAGCAGCACAGAGCUGUUGAGCAGAGGAAGUUGUCAAGGAAGUGAGUUUGCGUUUAUACAGGACCUCCCACACCCACCUACUGUCAACCAAUCAUGUCAAUGAGGAGCUAUACGGAGCACUCCGCAUUGUUACAACAUUUGGGAGGCGCACGCCGAUGCGGCACGGAGCUCGAUCUGGCCUCUGCAUGCCUCCAGAGGCUACGUACUUGCGCCUCACUCUCCAUAAGGAGCCUCAGACCACGUUUUGCGGAUCAAGCAUAAAUUGGCUUUUAAAAACGGUAAUCAAAAUGAAUGGAAAUGGUUGGUGGCAUGAACGGAAUGAAACUGAAAAUACAAUGUUGAUAUACAGUGGAUUCGGUAAGUAUUCAGACCCCUUGACGUUUUCCACAUUUUGUUACGUACAGCCUUAUUCUAAAAUUGAUUUAAAACAAAAAAAAAUCCCUCUCUCUACCGCCGACACCCUGGAUCAGCUCUCUCUGGCACCAACACCCAGGAUCAGCUCUCUGGCACCGACACCCUGGAUCAGCUCUCUCUACCACCAACACCCUGGAUCAGCUCUCUCUACCACCAACACCCUGGAUCAGCUCUCUCUACCACCGACACCCUGGAUCAGCUCUCUCUACCACCGACACCCUGGAUCAGCUCUCUCUACCACCAACACCCUGGAUCAGCUCUCUCUACCACCAACACCCUGGAUCAGCUCUCUACCACCAACACCCUGGAUCAGCUCUCUACCACCGACACCCUGGAUCAGCUCUCUGGCACCCUGGAUCAGCUCUUUCUACCACCAGCACCCUGGAUCAGCUCCCUCUACCACCGGCACCUUGGAUCAGCUCUCUCUACCACCGACACCCUGGAUCAGCUCUCUCUACCACCAACACCCUGGAUCAGCUCUCUCUGGCACCAACACCCUGGAUCAGCUCUCUCUACCACCGACACCCUGGAUCAGCUCUCUCUACCACCGACACCCUGGAUCAGCUCUCUCUGGCACCAACACCCUGGAUCAGCUCUCUCUACCACCGACACCCUGGAUCAGCUCUCUCUGGCACCAACACCCUGGAUCAGCUCUUUCUACCACCAACACCCUGGAUCAGCUCUCUCUGGCACCAACACCCUGGAUCAGCUCUCUCUACCACCAACAUCCUGGAUCAGCUCUCUCUACCACCAACAUCCUGGAUCAGCUCUCUAUGUAUUUGAGGGGCUAUCCCUUUCCAAAACUAACGAUGAGUACUUCUAAACCCUACUACUACUACUACUACUACUACUACUACUACUACUACUACUACUACUACUACAGCUUAGACCCCAACCGCUUCACAUUAUCAAACAAGACCACGUGA